AAAGGUGGGGAGGAUUAGGCUGCUAACAGUACUUAAUUGAGGGGUGCAUCUGUCCUGUUCAAGGUGAAUCCAAGUCGACUCCCCGAAGCUUACAAGAAUUCUUGGAGUUUGUGAAAAGGUUGAACGACAUUUGAAAUUGGGAUGAAACAGUAAGAAGCUACAUCCAUGGAUAACCAACAAGAUAAAGUCAUUGCUGCCUCAGCCGAUGAAGAAAACAGUCUAAUUAAUGGGAUCAAAGAAAAUGACUCAGAGGACCAGGAUGUGGCAAUGAAGUCAUUUGUAGCUCUAGAAGCUACUACACCAGUCCAACCUAUACCAGUGGUACAAAAAGAGCCCCCAAUGUUUCCUAGGGGUCUCCUACCUCUGCCGCCUAAGAAGCCGUGUGUGCAGAGCCCUCUAUCUCCUUUGGGCCUGAUGGAAGCACCUGAUCAUUCAGCUAAUAGCGCUUCUGUGAAUGCCAUCUCCCUCACAUCUGGAGUUGCAAAAGGCCUGAACACAUGGUCGCUGCCCAGUGAGUGUGAGAAAGCACCAUUUGCCAUCAUGGAGCCCGCAGGCAUGUCAGCUCUGAAUGGAGACUGCUUCAUGCAGCCAAGCCGGACUUGCUUAGGUUGCUUCAUGGAGUCAAAAGAAACAGUAGAUCCUGAACCAGGGAUCAGUCUAAAAGUCAGUGAUCCAAAUAGAGAUUAUGAAACAUGUGCAGUCUCUGAUGUAGGGAUUCAGUGCAUUAAUGCUGGAGAAAAUAUGAAAUAUGGAGAGCAGCUGUUUUCAGACCAGCUGUUAGGCUUCCCCCUGCAAAAACCAAGGGCAGGAGAUAGGCGAGAAACUGAAAAGCCUGACAUUGACUUGGAAGAUCCAACUCAGAAAGGUUAUUAUGAGGCAUUACUGUUAGAUAAGUGCAAUACAGAAGAAGCUUUACUGGCAAACUCCAAUCAGGAUUGGGGUUACUUUGAGACUUUUAUUAGUGAGAGUAAGAUUGAACUACUUGACCUCUGUUCCAAGAAUGAACUGUCUGUUAACCUUUUCUCUGAAGAAGAUGUGGAUAACUAUAUGUUCGAUGAUGAUGAGUCAACACUGGGCAGUGAUGUCUGCUCCCUCAAAAUUCGAUACGAGUCCUUUCAGGACAGUGUUCGAGAUAAGACCACCCUUCUGAUGCAGGAAGAUGCCCAAUUCAAUUUUUUCCCCAGUGUCUUUACUACAUGUCCCAAGAGGGAAUCUAAGAGUGGAAUCCUCAAGCAGAGCAGCGAUUUUUCUCAAUUCAAGGUCCCUGAUGUGAGCAUCAUCUGGGGAGAGGAAGAUAAAAACAUGGACAAGAAAAAAGACAAAGAGGAAGUGCAUGAAGACAAAAGUGUAGAGAAAAAACCUGAAACGGAUAAUGAAGAAAAGCCUGAAUUAAAUAAUAAACCAUGCAGUGGGCUUGAAGUAGAGCAAUUUAAGAACCUAAAGCCGGACCAUCUUACUAGUUCCCUGGAGACACCAGGAACUUUCAGUGAUGAUAAUUCCUUCAUUGAGGUCUCAUAUGAUGCCAUGGGGGAGAUCAAAGACUGUAGCCGCUAUAUGUCUCGGGAAACUAAUUCUGGAAGCUCAUCCUCCCAGCAGAACUAUGGACUGAGAGCCAAGAGAAAAGUCAGAUACAGUGAAGAUUAUCUAUAUGAUAUUGACUCACUAGAAGGAGAAAAAGUAAAUGAGAGAAAGGAAUGGCUUCCAGGUGGUUCGAAAGAAGAUGAUGAUGAUGAAUGGUGUCCCAAAAAGAGAAGAAAAGCAACCCGGAAGGAGCCCCCUGUUAUUAUCAAAUAUAUCAUCAUCAAUCGUUUUAAAGGUGAGAAGAACAUGCUGGUGAAGCUAAGUAAGGUAGAUGCCAGUGAGACAACAGUAAAUUUGAGUGAGAAUCAGCUCAGUAAGUAUGCCAAGUUAGCACCUUUGAAGGGCUUCUGGCAAAAGAAGAAAAAGCAGAGAAACAGCAACACAGACGCCAUCAAAACACCCUUAUGCCAGAAGCAAAGCUUUGAACCAGGUAACUUUGAGGUGUCAUUCCUGCCACCUGCUCGUAAACGAAAAUCUAAGCUUGGCAACAGACACAAGAUUCAAAAGAUCCAAUCCAUGGAAUCUUCAGCAAGCAGUAAGCAGGUUUCAUUCUGCAGUGAUCAAAAACAAGCUAGUAAUCACAAAGAAGAAGGCAGCUUCAAAGGUACACCAAAGUCAGCACCUCUUGCUGCUCCAAGCUGUGCCAGUGGCUCACAUUUAGGUGGCAUCAUAGUCCCUGACUCAGUCAAAGUCAAAACUCAAGACUCAGAGUUUAAGGGGCCAGAAAGGAAAGUGCUCAACAAAAUUAAAUUUAAAAGUGAAGCUAGGUUAAAAUCCAAAAAAAUCAAAACCGGACAAGAAAACAAACCAGUUCAAAUGAGCCCUGUCUUAGAAGACCAAUCCUCCAAGGCUGAUUUAAAAAAUGAAGUCAUUCCUGGAACCUCAAACAGUUCCCAUCUGUCUGAAUUUCACGAGACAAAGGUUAAGAAUUCCACCUUCUUACCAACCACCUGCUCUUCUGAAAUGCCUUUAUCUUCUGCUAAUGUUGCCACUAAUAUACCUGUUAUCCCUGGAGGGUAUCUGCAAACACUGUUAGAUGCUUCUGACUUGUCAAAUAAUACUAGUAUCUCAUACUUCACCAGCCAUUCUCCAGAUCAAAAUGAAGCCAGCCUUGCUCAAAUGGAAAAAUCAUUUGUACCUCUCCAGUCUUCUCAGGACUGUGUGCUGUCCUCAUCUUCUGAGUCUGAGCUGCAACAAUCAUCUCAUGACUUCAAAAUGGAAGCAAGCAACUAUGGAAGCAUGUGGUCCAACAAGGCUACAUCUGGCCCACAAGAGUUCAUGACUGAAGUCUCAAGGGAGAUCGCCACAAACCAAUCUGAUGAAUUCGAAGUGUCCCAAGUAGUCUCCAUGGAGAAUAACCUCACAACUCUAACAUACAGUCCUGUCUGCCUCAACAGUGUCAGCAAUGAUUGCAACAAGAUUCUGUAUGCCUCUGUGCAGGACUCUCAUCUCCCAUCUGAUGACUCUUAUCAGUUGUGUCACUUUAAUAACGGAGAGCUCUGCUUUCCUUUCCAGCAGGCUCCACUCAGUACAGACGAUGACAGCCGGCUCUUUAACUUUGAUUCAAUGACUCCCUUUUCUGUCAGUUCAAGCAAUUAUUGUCCCUUAAGCUUGAAAUCCUGUGAAAACGAUGGUGAUGAUGAGAUCACUGAUGACUUCUUGGCCCACUGCAGCCCGAAACUGGUGAUCCAGCAAAGCAUUGAUGAGAUUGCACCACUAAAAGAGUCCACUGACCUCCUCGAUAUCUCCAACUUCACUCCUGACAAGUUCCGCCACUCUUCCCUCUCAGAAAUGUCUCCACCGGACACACCCAGCCUUUCUCCUCAGAGUACCAGAUGUGAGGGUGUCAAAACACUAGGAACCAUGAAGGCAUUCCAAGAAGGUGUCCCAGGAUCGUUGGGCAGCAUGGAGAAAAUCAAGUGGGACUGUGGUACCCUUUCACAACAGGUCCAUGUGGAUGAUGCCUUUACAGUAAAUAACCAUCCGUUUCAGUUCCAUAUGUUCAACGAUGAGGACUCUGUUGGCCUGCUCCAAAAUAACCCUUGCCUGUCAACCUUUGACGAGUCAGCUGGGCAAAUCAGUGCCAACAACAAAGUGUCAAAAGCAAGAAAGAAAGUUUCACCUGGCAAGAGUGGGGCUGUGAGCCAAAGUUCUUCACAGAAAAAUGCCAAGAAAAAGUCCCCCAAAGCCAGCAACAAAGGGGGUGAAAAGCCACCUAGCAAAACCUCCCGCCAGGUUUCUAAAUCAACAAAGAAAGGGAAACAUGUGGCUGCAGUCAAUGGAGAGAAAAUGCAGACUGGGAGUGGCCAUGGUGGGGGCCAACCCAACAGCACAUCCUCCAGUGGCAAGACUGAAUGUAUUCAACAUGGUGGGCCUGUUGCCCCUGUGAAGAUUCCAAGUCAGAAGGGACUUUCUGGAGACUGGGCUUUGGGAAAGGAAAGCAAGCCAGCCUGGAAUGACAUGAGUACAGUCACUAAUACCAACAACCUUCUGGAUGAUGACCAACGGGAAUUUCAAGAGCCUUCCUAUAUCUUGUCCAACAUUGCCUCUGGUAUGGCAGAUGUGCAGAGAUUCAUGAUGGCCUCCAUAGAGCCCCUUUGGGAACCCAUGGACCAGCAAGGGGAGUCCAACACAUUCUACUCCCCUGAUUCCAAUAGCCUGAAGUUAAAAACCCUCAAAAUAUUAGCUGGUACACCACAAGAAUCUAAGAAAAAGGUUAAUAAUGGGUCUUCAGGAGCUUCUAAGAAUCACAAAUCAGUCAAAGGUGCGAGCAAAAGCAACGGGAAAGCAGCAGUUGCUGAUCCUGGUCGUGAAGACAUGCCUGGCUACAAUGAGGACUCUCAAUCUGCCUUCUUUGAUAAAAAGCACAGUAACAUGAGCACUUCAGGCAAUAAUGGACCAACACACAAGAAAUUAUAUCGUCACAAAGCCAGCUCCAAGACCCAGCGAGAUGAGAAAUAUAAGGGGAAACGUGUGGAACGAGAACAGGUCCACAAGGAUGAGGCUGGCACAGCUUCUUUUGAAAAACUGAGGUAAUACUGCACCAAAAUGGCUAAGAAGAGAUGUUUCCUUGACUUUCCUACUACCUGCUGAGUCCAGAGUUCCUCAUUUUUCCCUCUUGAAAGCAGAAGUUUGCAUGAGAGACUCUUUCCUAUUCUCUUCCUUUUUCAAAUCAAAAAGAAAAGAAAAACGUGCAUAGAAAUCCCUGUUCCUUUAAGCCACUCAAAAUAUCGGCCAAUUUUGUUGUGGUUAGGCUAGGGAUAAGUUCUAACAGAGGCUACAUUUUCCUCCUAUUCUGCAUUAAUUAUUGCUUAUUAAAAAUAGAACUAAAAUAUGCUCUUGAAUGAUUUUUGGAAUGGAAGGGCUUUGCAAUAAAGACAGAUUCUGAACAACGUAAUCAAAAAGUCAUGUAGACAAAAAGCCAAGAUCAUUUCAACAAAAGAGCAUUACUUGUCAACACACGGCAAUUAGGAGUACUUUCUCUAUCAUUCUGCAUCAGACGACAUCUAGUAUGGUGUCAAUGUAUUUAUAUGGUAUGAUCCCUUUGUGGACAUACACUAAAACUUACUAAGAUGGCGUAAAUUCUUUGAUUUUUUUCUGCAGAGAUUCCAACUACAAUCUCUUAAAAGCAGAAAAAGCAUUUGGGGUUUUACCUGUGUUUGAAGAAGAGACUCACAUUUUCCAGAAAGACAUUUAAUGUUUGUGUUUUAUUUCUUUCAAAAUAAGCUUUGUGGUAUGUAUGUUGACCUGUAAGUGCUUAAAGAAAAACUUAAAUUGUGGGAAUAAGUCUUUGAAAUCAAACUUUAAUCUGAUGUUCUGUGUAAAAGACUUUAAAAGUCAUACAGUUGCACAAGUAGUUUAUGCACUGUUUGCCCACAAGGAAAAAAUGGAAAACAUUGUGCCAAACUACAAAUAAGUAACUGUACUGUAUAUAGUUUUACUUCUAUAUCAACAUUUGGUUGUGAGUAUUUGGGGGGACUUGUCCCUGUUAAUAUACUAGAAACAUUCCAGUGGUUCUUGCUAUUAAGCACCCCCACUUUUGUGGCUAGCACCUGUAGAUCACAGUGGAAACAUAUGUUGUGUUAUAAAAAUUACCAAAACAAAGGAAAAUGUUUGAAUUGUGCCAAAUCUUCUUACCUCAUCUCCCAUAUUCACCCCAUCAUCAGUGAUUAUUAAAUCUAUAUGUAUAUACAUGCUCACACAUGUGUAUACAAUAUGCAUGUGUGUUUACAUACAUACACACAUCCAUGCAUACAUUCUUUUGACUGUUUUAAACUCUACUAUCUUGUGUGGAAACAUGAACAAUUAAGCAAGGCACAAUAAAGAUUUGUUUGUUCCUAAGUCUAAGGAUUAAAAUGUUGGAAAGGCUUAAAGGUCACAACAGCUAAGUCCAUUAGGGACAGAGUAUUUGCAUUUACAGAACCUUGUACAAGGAAAUAAAACAGCUGCUUUGAAAGUUUGUUUUCCAAAGCAAAAUCUGUAGCGGAAAGUAAUUUAAAGUGCAAAGUUAUAUUGCGGAUACUUUAUAUCUCAGUUUUAUAUAUUUUAUAAUAGUCUGGGAUAAAUUAUAAAAUAGCUAUAGAAUUGACACUAAUAAUAAAUGAAAUACAUAGAUUGCUUUUAUUUAAGUAGUUUCCUAAAUGUUUUAUUCCAGUUUUGUCAAAAGUGCACUCACAACAUGGCUUUAGUGUUCUUUAAAUGUUGAGCUUGCAAAGCCAAUGUCAUUUUUAAAAAGGACAUUGCAGAUUGACAAAGUUUUUCUUCCUGUGUUUAAAUACAUAUAGAUCAGGUAAGUUGAACAAUAUGUGGAAACAACCAAUUGAGGCCAUCUAUACAUAGUCUGAGGAUGGCUACUCUUGGAUACCUUAUAAAUAAACAUAAAUCUCAAAUUUUAAUAAUUUUUAAAAAUCACAUUUUCGGUUCAGCCUUCCCUUCCACUACCUUGAAAAAAACUUUCACAGUUCCAACAUCCCUCACUACUAGCCUUUUCUUCCCCUUUUUUCACCACUUGACUCCUAACAUUUGCUCUCUUUUCCUUGCACAGUUAAAGGCCUAUAUGCCCGAUGACUGAUGCACUGUGGCACAGAUGAGAUAAUGGAUGUGAAAGCGCUUUGUAGAUCCUAAGUGCUAUACCAAUAUAGGGGAUUAAUAUUAUUAAUGUUGUUGGUUGUUGUUGUUGUUACUAUUCUUACUAAUAUUGGUACUAACCU